CCCAUCUUGAGUUCUUUUUAUUCUUUCUGGUUCUGGAUGAGCAGGUGGUAUUAUUGCAUCAGACAAAGAGGAGGGGCUUUCUGAAGUAGAAGAGGAAGUACCAGAAUGUCCUCGAACGAGUAGUGGAGCGGUUGUGCGAUACUCUUCGAUCAUGAUGAGUCGACAGUAUUGUCCCUCCACCAUAAUCGCUGCCAGGCGAUCAAUGUGCAUGCAGAUUUAACAGCCUGUGCGACGGCCCGUUUCUCGAGGUUGGUGUUUUCGCUCCUGCGAGAUGACACAGCAAGAGAACCAAGCGGGAUCAGGUGUGGUGUCCUAGGCAGUAGGUGGCGGUGACCUGCAGCAUCUGAGCAAGCAACAAGUCAUCCAUUUGGAGCUUUUUUCAUGACCAGGUAGAAAGCCUAGCGGUCGGCGCAAGCGAAAAGGCAGCGACAAAGAUGCUUCGAUUCACAGGAGAAGGCCGUCCGUUCGGGUCCCAUUUGAUGCAAUGGGCGACAGGCGGUUUUCGAAGACGAGGCGCGGCGGACGCUAACUGUGAACGAUUUUCGUCAGUAAGACUUCUACAUCAGGGCUAGUAUUUUUAGACCCAUGAUUGUUCAUGUUCGUGUUCCUCCAUUAUAUCCGUUGCUGCUCACAUUCACUUUUAUUAUUCUCAAAGUCAAAAAAAGGCGUUUCAACACAGUUUCACUAAUUUCAGGAGGUCGUGUGGUGCAACUGCAUCUAAAUAUCUUCAUGUCCUAGUGCGGGUAAAUUUCGAAAGAACGUAAUGUUAUUGAUCCUCCCUGAUCAUAGGUUCAAGGAUGUCCGUCGGAAGAGGAACGGUACUAUAUUAGUAGUGGUUCUACGUGCGCGCGAGAAGGAGAGCAUGGUGAAGCCGCUGGAGAGGUGGAGGGUGGUGCCGCGGGAGACUCUGAGCCAACGGGGCUUCAGUCGACUUCGGGAGGAGGGUCUGUUAAUGGAGUAGUAGAGCCGGUGGGUGUAGACUUAGAUGGAGAUAGUGGGCAGACGACAUGGAGCAAAUUUAUUUUUGCUCUUGCGAUUACAAGUGGUAGUUACUUUAUGGUGGUAACCAUCGGAAGUAAAGACAUCUACUUGUUGGAAUUCGGUGCAGACCCAGUCGUCUUAACAAGCUAUUGGGUUGCUCUCAACUGCGUGGCGCCGCUGCUGAACAUAGUUCUGGGCUACGUUAUUUCUGGAACGACACGCGAAAAACGUUUGCGUCGCACGCGAGCCAAGAACCGUCAAAACGCAAAAGAUUAGGGCUCAUACAACUAAUUCACCUUCAACACAGGGCCCAAAAGCCAAUAUGCUACUUCGUCUUCGUUUCAUUUUUUGCUCUAAAGAUAGCAAAAAGUUACAGAAAUGGCAACCGGAGGUCCUGUACUCGACGCUGCUUUUCCCACGACAUCGUCUGGCGCAGCUCUCGAAAUAAAUGUCGAGCAAUCGAUCCUACAGGAGGAAGCACCAAAAGCAGUUGUUGAAGGGAGUCAUCAAGCAGCACCAGUAGCUAACUACAGAUCUCCACAAGCAGUUCUUGGACAUCUAGAAGUAGGACGGUCGUGUCUGCGAUUGAUGCCUUCUAGAAGAGCUGCUGCAGGGCAAUUAGCUUCUGCAGAACAACUACACGUGCAGAGUCAGAAUGGCCAUCAUCUUUCCGGUGACACCACGCAGACGAGUGGUAUUAGUAGGACUAGUUGUAGUAGUUCCAGCUCGGCGUCGACUUCGACUCGAGGAUGCAUCUCUUCAAGUAGCCAACACCAGAUGUGCUCGAGUUUGUCAGAACACGAGUCCGCCACGACGACUGGCACUAGAAGCUCAAACAAGAACAUUGGAGGCGAGGAUCUAGUGCUAGAGGAGGAGGACGAGCAGGAGAGCGCAAGUUACAGGAGUAGGGUGGCACCAUUGACAUUGUGCGAAGGUUUGCAUCGAGCGGAGGACUCCAUAGGUAUGAUUUCAACGACUAGUACAGAAAAUGAACAGACGACCGUGCUAGCUAGUAGAGAAGCUGCGGAUCAUAGUACAACGAGGUGCAAGAGCAACGCUUGCGGGAUAAUGGGAGGUGCACGUGAGAAAGUGCAAGAUGUUAAUACGAGGAGUGGGGCAGUGGUAGAAGCCAUGUCUUUGACAUUGUCAGGAGAAGGAGACCAUAAAAACGUGGACGUUACUAGUAAGCAGCAAAUAAAACCGGCGGUGCGGGAGCGGGACAGCCAAAAACUCCAUCGCAUGGCAACAGUCCCUAUGUCAGACUCAGAGAACAACAAUUCGAAUUUACUAAAGGCCAUUUUUCGCCGUCACGUUCUGAGAGACAAAACCGUUGAUCCAGUGAGCAUGGGACAGUUCGGAUGGUGGCAAUUGUAUGAAAGGAAAAAGUGCACUCACAGUCACACUCAACCUCAAGGAAGUACUUAGCCACUUACACUUACACUUUCCUACUUAUAAAUCCCAGCCAAUUUCUUGAGUUUGGUGCACUUUUGCCUUUCAUAAAUUGGGCUCAAUUCUCAUUGGAUCUUUGGCCAGCUUCGCCAUGUGGAUUGGCCGCCCAGCGGGCUUCGUUGAAGUGUGGUACUUCCUGACAGCCCUGAUAUGUUGUUAUGGACUGUUGCCUUAGUAUAUAUAAGACCUUUAGAAAAGGCAAUGCAAACACCUCCUGCUAGGCACAUUCAUCCAUUCACUCACUUUCCUGAGCAGCUGUAGAACAACCUGCGGCAGAACUACGAGGUCUAGUAGAUCAUGAAGGAUCAUGAAGGGCCAAGCUGGCUACCAUUUCUAUAUAUAAUUGAACUAGUUCAAUAGUUCAAUGGUGCGGAAAGAAUUCCGCUUCCGAAUUAAGCUCGUCGCCACUUCUAAUUACCGGCGUGCUACAUGAUCAUCGUUUUGGUUUACGACGGGGCGCGUUGUUGCUUGUAUCCAUACAAGGAAGAGCGGGUACUUGUGGAGGGUUUCACGAAGGCUAUAUUUCUCGCAGUCGUUGCCAUGUUUGCCUUAUGAAAGAGGGUAAGUGUAAGUACCAAUUUUGAAAGAUGAAGGGUAGGUGUGUAGGUCGUUUAUUACAUAGAUAGUAAGUGUAAGUACCAAUUAUGGGGUGCUUUCGUGACAAGAAAGAGCUAGAUGAAGAGUUUCAUAAUUCUCCCAUUCGCAGACGCAGUUUUAGAUUGUUCCCGGUAUUAGUAUGAUACAUUUACAUGCAUUCUUGACUUCAAAUUUCUUGAAGAAGGCGGCAAAUCCCCAAGCCACUCCUUCUCGCGUGCGGCAAGCCCAGGGGGAACUCUUGACUUCCUUGAUGACGGUUCCUCUUCCCUGUUUCAUCUUUCAUGAUGUGUGAUCUACAUGGCCUACCUGAUGGCGCCUUCGCGGAGCAUGCAGUUUGUGGUUGCGAUCUUUUCUGUGGCGAUAGGGUUGACGUCGCUUGUUUCACUGUAUGGCUCCAUGACGGUCAUUUUUUUUUGCUUCUAACACACACUUUUACUUUUUCUUCAAUAAAGAAAGACUGAUCUAGGUUCGUUUUAACCCGUUAGCAUGACCCUGAUUGUCCAGCAUAAACUUUCAUCAAUGUACUAAAUGUAAUUUUUUUUUCACAUGUAAUUCAGCAAUCGCACCCACCUAUUAAUUUCGUUCUCCUUCAUUUUGUAGACCACAUACGGAGAGCGCAACAGCCUAGUACCGUGGAUAAGGAGCCGCCUGGUAUACGUGCGUAUUGGAAGGCCUUCUGGGAAUACGAUGCAAAUUUUUGGAUUUGUCUUGCCAGAUUUUUUACAGGCGCUUGGGAAGCUAUGUUUUGAAAUUGAAUGAAGUUUUCGAUCAAAGCCAAGUUUGACUUUGUAAGCGCCAAUUGCCACUGUAACAAGCAGAAGGAGUAAUGUAGUUGAUGGGCGGUUCUUUUUACAAUUGUCUAGGCUAUGGCUAAGUACGCUUGAAUGGUUCUGGUAUUUGGUAACCUGAAUUUGAUCCUAAAGGAAAACAAGAAGAGAACCCUUAGGAUCAAACUCAGGUUACCAAAUACCAGAGCCAUACAACGCUACGGCUAUUAAAAAUUUCCAUUUCGGAGCACAAGUACUAGAGAGCCAAAGAAGGGACACUGGUUGCACAUGCACUUACUCUUAAACUAAAGGACUCGUUUUUUUUUUGUGUUUCCCUUCCCUCUAAUCCAGGCAUUGUGGCGCAGAAUGGCAUCUUCUACAUCACAUACGUCAGUUUGCUGAGUCGAGACGAGAGAACAUUUUGGGUCAUGCUUUUCGCUGGGCUGAUGAGUGUUGUCGAGGUAUUAUUAUGUAGCUAAAUUUAUUUAUUGUAUUGCUCUGGCACUUAUCGUUAUCUCACGCUACUUACCGCGCUAUUUGGAUUGCUGGUAUGGAUCUUCUCAUGGUGGUGCGUAGAAGGUUCAUCUUUGGUUCGAUAUCGUAUGACCUCCACCAGAUUAUCUUCAUUCCGAUAUGGACGAGCAUUUUUAGCGACGUGAAGCGACGGAAGAGCCAGAUAUUUUGCAUGCAGAAGCUGAUCGGGGGCUUCCGUGCUAUAGACGGUGUACUGAUGUGCAUCAUAAUCUCCAUCACUUAUGGCUAGAUCACGACUCAUCAUGGCUAGUAGUGCUUGCCUUGUCUGAAAAGAAUUGAAUUUCAAGUAUACAUAGACAUAGAGAGGUCGUGGUGGCAGAAGUACUAGUUCUCAUCAUGCUAGUACUACUUCUUUACUCACGUCAACGUUCGCUAUGCAUCUUCAUGAUGAUCCUCUACUGCUCAUGAUCAUUCUCUUCCGCUCAAUUAUAUUGAUUUAUUGUUCUGUACUACAACGAAGACAGUUAUAAUCCUAAUCAUCAAAAAGUUCAUCUUCUCUAAAUAUCUGGUCCCGGACGCGGGAAAGCGUCAGCGGCAGGUCUACUCGUUGUUGCGUGUCUAGGAAGAUUUUUCUUCUCGCCUUUCACCUACUGGAGGAUAUCAGCUCAGAGCUGGUGCGUUGACGAGUGGACGCAUCUCAAAGGAGCUAGAGAAGAAGCGCUGUACACUUCCCUGCCUUAGGCGUUGCAUGAUCAAAACUUCUUCUACUAAAUGGUUUAUGUAGCUGAGUCAUUUCAUCACGAUCAAAACCUCGUCUUCUACUAUCUAAAUGCCUUAAUAUGUUAUGUUUAAUCAAGAAUCAUCUGUAGGUGUAGUAGCUGAUAGAUUUUUCUUAAUCACUUUAUCAAAAAUUUGUUGUCCUUGAUGUUCAUCUUCUUCACCUUCACCCUCAACAAGAACAACAACGCCCUCUGUGGCUGCACAUAUUCACCCGAGGAGGCAGGUCAAACUGUGGACGGUGAAUCAAAUCCUAUCCUAUCCUUUCUCCUCAGAUUCUAUGCUCUGCACGCGUUUUGGUAUGAGCUUGGGCGCGGCGUGGUUGCUUCGCUGGCGUUUUUAGGCAUGGCGGUCAUUGGCGGGUUGGUCACCAGGAAUUGCGUAAGCGACUGCGAAGGCCACCAGCAACCUGACAACGUCCAAGCACAGGGUUAUAUACUAUCUGCACACCUAGAACAAUCUGGCGGGGAUGGAAGUGAUAUCUCGACAGUGACCAGCCUCAGCGAACUUAUGACUUGUUCAUGAUGUUGUUUUUGAAUUUGAUGAUGGUAAUUAUGGUAUCACUCCUGACUGCGACAGCGACUAUCACUAUGGACGAGAGAAUAUCCAUACCACGCAGUUAGUGUUUUUGAGGUUGACCAUAGUUUAGUGAUGCUAUACGUACACUAUAGGUAUGAUCGAAGAUGUUCAAUAUAUUUAUUAAUUGACGCGUCGUUGUCUACUUUGGUGUCAGCACUCCUGUUGAAGUUGUAGUUAGCGGAGCACUCCUCCAAAUCGAACUUUCAUCUCUCUGGAGAAACUGUGCUUAGACGGGUGCUACCGUGCAAACCAAGCAGAGCAACCAGCAAGCUUGCGCACAUACUUGGAUUUCAUGUAUCUUGUAGUGAGUCCAUUCUUCGAAAUAGUGGCUGCGGCUUGCGUGCUUUUAAGGUCGCACUGUAUUUCGAUAAAUCCUAGACGUUCGAUAGUCCAUGUACCUAGAAGGUACUGCUUAGAGUUAACACGUCUUGCAUGAGUGCUACAAAUCCGCUUUUGCUUAUUUACAACUGGUGGGAGAAAAGCAAUCUCAUGCUACUAGUAUAUGCUGCAUGGAUGUAGGAUCUGAUUUUGUUUCUAAUGCUGCAUGAAAUGAUUUCUGCUUUCAUUAAUCAUGAAUUGCGCUGAUCAUGAUUAAUUUCUGGUCCUGCAUUAGAUGUUGAGUCAACUUGACCAGUACUCAGUCGAGUAGAACUAACUACUCUGUCUAAUGCUUCGAUUUCCUAUAGAGGGGGAACGACUACUGCGGCUUUACGAGAACCAGAGCAAAGCCUUCCAGGUCGUCGAGGUUUCACCUAGUCUCGCGUCUCCCGCCAAGCGCCAUAGAGGGUCCGAUCGGCCAGCGUUUCAACCCGCAGAAGACAACUAGGAGCCACAGUCGGCUUCGUCAAUUACUGCAGUGGACGAAUCGUACUAGUAGACGAAGGAGGAAGACGAAGGAGGAAGCUGUGCAGUACCAGUCGAAGGAGGAAGACGAUGAAGAAAUAGAAAUUUUAGUGUCUAAAUAUUAUAUUCGUCCGAAUAGGAGGACGAGGACUAGGGCACCAGAAACAAAGCCUGAGGCACGCCGAGAAGAGGAGUCUUUCAUAUCAAUUGUUUGCUCUAGUUCUACUUGUUCUUUUUACGAUUCCUUCGGGUUGCGGUUGCACCUGCUUGUCGGGGAUAUAUGACCAGCGCUUUGCUUGCGCUCGGUAAUACCGACACGGCGAGAGCUAAUACGAAAACUACCAAGAACAAGUGGUAGUCGUAGUACAAAUAGGACCUGUCCAGAUCAUGAAGUACGUAGAAGUUCUUGUCCUGAAACCAUCUUGAAGAGGAAAUGGAGAACAACGCAGAGAUGGUCACGACUUUUUGAAGGUGAAUUCGACGAGGACAGCUGUCACCAGUAGUGCUCCUUUUAGUACACGACAGAUGUGUCUCAUCUUCCAUGGCAUGGACGAAUGGAUGCAGGAUAAGAAGUAGAUGAGAAAUCGAUGUAUUAUUUGGUAGAAUCAAGACAAAGACCACCUUGGUGUCUGAAUCUUGUUACUUCUUGUAGUUGUCCUCGUUAUUGUUAUGGUUAUUCUAUCCUCCUUGGAAAAGUAUCUUCGUUUUGCCUGGGAAAAGUAUUGUAGGAGGACAUCAGAAGAUUGCAAAACACAACAUCUGUAGAGACAGAGUCGACCGAAGUUCAUUCUUUAUCUAGAAGCGGC